AUGGCCAGCGCGCUGAUCAACUCCGGCUCCAGGGCCAACAUGAACUCGGUGAUCAUGUGGCCGAAUCCGGACCGGAAGAUCUCGGAGAGCAAUCGGAGGCCGUCGAUGAUAUUUGAGUUGAGCGAUAAGGUCAGGAACUUCAGCAGGAGCGUCAGGAAUGCGGCCAAGGAUGAGGUCACGUAUGAGGCGGUUAGAUUCGCUCAUACCACGACGGCACAUGGAAUCCCAAUGGUAAGUCUUCGCUUAAUAAUUGAGAAAUAUUAAUUAGUAGAAAAUUACGUCAUCGUUUUUUGAAGAUGGCCAAUUUUGCUUUCAAAACACUUUUUUCAAAUAAUUUUCUUGUAAAAUUAAUUGAGCUUACCUUUUCACGUUUUUUUGUAACUCGCUGACGUUUAUCAAAACAGCUCCAAGAUAUUUUUGGAACCCUUAUAAACAUAUAAAGUCAUCAAUUUUGUUACCUUUUCCAUUUCCGUCAUGUAUAAUAUACUGCAAAAUAAGUUGUCUUUUAGGCGCUCAACGCCAGCGCAUGGUAUGGUAAAGUGUUGUGGAUGUUGUUGUCGCUCUGUUCGACAAUCCUUUUCCUCUACCAAUGUGUUCUGGUUUUCGAAAAAUUUCAACGGAAUGAUAAAAUCGUUAGUGUUAAGGUGAGAUUUUGAUUCCAUAAAAUCUUUUUGAAUCGUAUCUCAGUACUUUUUAGUAAAUAUGGAUAGUUAACAGCGUCUUGUUUACUAUGACGUAUGUUUUUUCCGUGAUCUCAAAGUGUUAAUAGUUGAAAACAACUCCGAACCUGACUUGGUCGAGAGCUCGCCCUCAGGGGAAAUGUCUCGAAAUAUCCCCCCGCAUUUCUCGAUAUGAAUUUCUGAGCGCACCUGUACUACUUUUCCCCACUCUCCAAUGCAUUUCCAAAACGCCUCCGGCAAUGAUUUAUUAUUUUCAGUUGGAAUUCGGUUCGGCCAAUUUCCCCGCAGUGACCAUUUGCAAUUUAAAUCCCUUUAAAAAACACAGUGCCGUAAAAGUGAAACAAGUCUCGGAUACAGUAAGUACGGUCGGAGUCUGAUGAGUCUUGUAGUUGGAAGCUUUUCAUCAAGCCGUCACCUUCAGCAAAGGCGCUAUUUAUCAUCGAACAACUGAUGUCAGGUCGAGAAGGCAUCUGAAUCCAGGUAGAAAAAUUUAAAGUUAAAGUGCUACAAGCAAAGUUUGAUAUGAAGCAAAUUUAAGAUCUAAAAUGUAAAAUUUUACUCAUCCUAUUCGCCUUUUUAUCUUAUACAUCAUAGGGUUCUAAUAUUUUUUUUCAAAUUUUGUUUUCCCCGCCAAAAUUUGGAUUUUUAGGUGGCGUCAGAAAUGUUCAAGUAGAGCCAGUAAUGUCAGAUUGUAAAUGCAAAAGAAGAUUCAGGAAUUCGGCCGAAAUUGAUUGCGUUCAGACCAACACUGUCCCCAAGAAUAAUGACACGAUGUGUAUUUGUAAUUACGAUAGACAUGAUGACACUGCCUUUCCGUGCACACCAGCAAAGUAAGAGUUACCGAAUGGGCUUAAGCUUAAGCAUUAGCGUCAACACAACAUAGAUGACUAUUUUUAAGUUUUUCUCCUACAUUUUUUUCUACUUUCUUACCACCUUCAGACUAUGGGUAUCAGCGAUGUGUCCGGACUGUAAUGACAUUGGCUUCUGCAACCUGCCCGACACCUCAGGCGACUCCGAAUAUCCUUGUAUGUGUCUGAAAGCACUAAAUAAUCAGACCCGACGCCCCUUCAAACACUGUCUCCUGAAGCCACGACGGAUAAAUCGAAUGUGGGAAACGAGGGGAGAGGAAGUCCCGGAUGAAGAUUCACCCUUUUACAGUGAUUAUAUGAACCGACUGAAGACGCUGGGAUACGAGAACAUGACUGAUGAAGUGGCCAUUACGACCAAGACCAAGGAAAAGUAAGCUUGAGAAGUUGUAUUAGUCGUAAAGAGUAGUAUUACUUAGUACAGGGUGUUUCAAGAAAUUCCCCGGAAAGUAAUUGUCGAUUUCUCGGCGCUCAGUCAAGAUAUCUAAAAAAUUUUUUUUGCAUAAUAAAGAAGAUGAUGGGCGGUUUUUUGCCUAUGAAAAUCAUUUUCUCCGCCAACGCGGAGAGCAGUGUAUUCGGCGGAGACUUUUGGGCACUUUUUUGGUCAUCACACCCAUCUUAAACGCUUAUUUUUUUUUCUGAUGGUUGAAAUGAGGAUUUUUGCUGAUUUUUGUGUUUAUCAAGCUUUCGGCGGCAUCUGCUCGUCGUAUCUUAACUCAGCUAUGGACAAGAAAUGGCCCAACACUAUUCUUAUGGUCUGGCAAUCAUUCUCUGCAGGUGUCGUAAACCCUCAAAUAUUUUGUCGGAAAAGCUUAUUAGACGUUUAACCAUCGAGAAACGACUUGGUUCACUGGAAAACAACAAAAUAUUUCUCGUUUAAAUUUCUCUCUGCCAUUCUAUUUCAAACAUCCGCACGGUGCGCUCCGACUUUAUCGACGUUAUCAGCGACUGCAUUGCACCGUGCAGUCGCUAAAUCGGAUCGCAUAGCAUUGUAGCGGGCCAUCUGAUCCAUUGUGCAAAAAAAUUGAAGACUUUCUGGAUGCUUCAGUGUCGCAAUAAAGCAUUAAAAAUUCGUGUGGUGACCAAAAAAGCGCCCAAAAGUCUCCGCCGAAUACACUGCUUUCCGCGUUGGCGGAGAAAAUGAUUUUCAUAGGCAAAAAACCGCCCAUCAUCUUCUUUAUUAUGCAAAAAAAAAUUUUGGAUAUCUUGACUGAGCGCUAAGAAAUCGACGAUUACUUUCCGGGGAAUUUCUUGAAACACCCUGUAUAUAUGUACAAGUUAAGAGUAAUCUUUUCUCGAUCAGUCAUAAGAGGCUUAGAGAACUUGGCAGUGUUUGGUGUAAAGAACUGUCUGAGAGAUAUAAACCCGUGGUCUUUUCAUGCCUCACGGGCUAUAAAUCUUUAUUGCCUGAGGCAAAAAACAGCUGCGCAACACUGGGUGGAUGUAAAUAUAGAAAGGGUCAGAGAAUGGCUAAGAAAGGAGAUGAAAGCACAUAUCUUUGGAAGAAUCGAGUUGUAAAGUAGUUAAUAGUAGUAGUAAGAUUACAGCGGUUAUUUUUGAGGGCAUUGAAAGGGUUUCCGACAAAGAAAAUGACUUCUGGAGACAUUUAACAGGCUUAAAUAUUGUGAUUAAUAGCUUACAUCAAACGUCUUAAACUUCUUUUACUCGUUUUUGUACAUUUUGACUAUAAGUUAGAUUUUUUUACAAUCUCUUCUUUGAAGUCAUCAUGGAUAAUAUAAUUUUGGCUCAAAAAAUCCAAUUUUUUACUUAUUAUUUUCAGACUAGUCCUAAUCAUGGCCGGAAUGCCUUUGGAGGAUCGUGUGGCCCUGUCGUAUGGCCGAACCGAACUGAUUAAAAUGUGUUCUUUUGACAGUAAACAAUGUGAUAUCGAAAAGGAAUUCAAAUUACAUCUGGAUCCGACUUUUGGGAACUGUUUUAUCUUCAAUGGAGAUCCCAAAAAGAAUCAGACGUCGAGUCGAGCCGGCCCUUCCUAUGGUUCGUUGCCUCAAAGCUUAAUUUUAUUAUGGCAAAAAAAGUUUCCCAAAAAUUUUUUGACUAAAAACAAAAGUCAUCAUCGAAAAAUGGACAAAACAUGGCUGCGUUGUCCUAAUAUAGGAUUUUAAACCGGUCUAAACGGCUGACAGAGACCAGCAGUUGCCGUCAACAGGAAGUUGUUUUAAUCUUUGAAUUUAAAAGUUUUCUCUCGACUGGUAUAGCGAAUAGGAAAGGCGUUGAGUAUUCAGCCAAACCAAUGAACCGUUUGGAGAGCUGUUUGUAAAAAAAUAAAUAAAUUUAGGGACGCUGCAUAUCAUAACGGGCAUGAUUUGUGGAAAAAGUGGUAGAGAUGCCCCAUGGUCUCUUACUAAGGAUGAGAUUAGACCAUUUUGUUUUCGGUUUAGAAAUCAAAUGAACCCGCAAAUAGUUUUUCAAAACUAAUGAAAAGUUAAGUCAGCCUUUUUGAAAAUUUUAAUUCCAAAGAUUCUAUAAUAGAAAUCAUCUUUCCUUAUCUUCAAAGAUGAUAAAAAAAAGACGAUUUCCUUAUAAGGACAUGUCACUUUCACGGCCACAAAAUAUCCCCUUGAGGAUUGAGAGCAAAUAAAACAAAAAAAUCUCACAAAAAAUCAUCAGGGUCAUUUAUAACCGCUCAGUCACCAGCAUGUUUUAGGUCUCCGUUUGCUAGUUUCCGUCGAUGCGGCUGAUUACUUGCCCACAACCGAAGCCAAGGGCGUCCGGAUCACGAUUCAUGACUCCAACGAAUGGCCUUUUCCGGAGACUUUUGGUUAUAGCGCUCCAACUGGGGCUGUCUCUUCAUUCGGGUUGUCCAUGGUAAAUUAAAUUAAGAUAUCGUUUUGUAAUGUUAAUUUGUAAUGUUGAUUGUGAUUGACAAUCAAUAUUGUAGCGACAAGUCAAUCGAUUGGCCGUAAGUGGGGAUGAAUGUGUAAGCGAAGGAGAACACACGCGAGGAUACAUCUACAUGAACCACAAGUACGAACCAGAGGUGAGUAAAGGAUUGGAAAGACUAGUGCUGAUUGUUUGACAGAUUUCGAUGAAAGCGGGCAAACAACAAGCCCCAAUUUUGAAAGCAUCAAGCACACCAAGUUUUUAGUUUCGGAAGCAUAAACAUAUGUAUAUAUUUCAGUUCUUGUCUGCCCAUCUCAAAAAGGGUUUGAGACGAAUAAAAAAUUAUGAAAAUUUUUAAAACCUUUUUUGGCCACCUAAUAGGUUUGCUUUACAAAUUACAAUAGUAACCGGCUUUCUUUCAGGGCUGUUACAAAAGCUGUUAUCAAAACAAAAUGAUCCACGAAGUGCACUGUGCAGAUCCCCGGUACCCCACACCCCACAAUGGAACAAGGUUUUGCAAUACUCUGGAUCAUUACGAACGUAAGAACAGGAAACUUGACAUUCUUAUCCUUUCAGGAGAUUCUUUGGUAAAGGCUUCGUUGGAAUUUACGCGUAGUAAAUAUCUAAUGGCUAGAUGUGGUUGCAAACACCCAUGUGAACACAAUGUCUACACAACAACAUAUUCCUCCGCCAGAUUAAUGCCUGCGGCAUUUAGCAUCAAUGAGUGUAAGAAAGGAGGAAAGAAAGAGGGAGAUUGCGUCGAAAACUUUGAUCCGUAAGUUACCAUGGCUAGUGCACCACAAAACUCAACAAUUUUGGGGUUGAUGUUUGUUUUUAGAAGUCAAACAGUGAUGUUAGAGAUUUACUACGAGCAAAUGAGCUUUGAAAUCCUUACAGAACGCGAAGCUUACUCAGUAAGUCACCAUUUUUUAAUAUUCAUCAUCAUUAUUACCAUUAAAAUCUUUAUUUUUCCCUUUCAGUUUGUUAAUUUCCUUUCCGAUGUUGGUGGACAAGCUGGAUUAUGGCUGGGAGCAUCUGUGAUUACAGUAUUUGAGAUUGCUUACUUUGCUUUCCGGGUGUUUACUGUAGCUUGUCGAAGGAAAUUCCGAGAUAGGGUGGAUUCGAUGGCCAAAUUCUCGACCACUGACACUUUGGAUGACAGAUUUGAUUCGAGAAGGAAACCGAGUUCAGAUGUGAAGUUAACGAUCUCUUCUUUGGAUAAUCUGAAGCCUAUGCCCGACGAUGACGAUACGACUUUCAAUCAGGGAUGGGAUUCCGAGAACAAUUCCGUCAAAGAUCGGCCUUAUUUAGUUUAA